AUGCGGGUGCACCUGAGCAUGCUGGCGGGCGCGGCGGCGCUGACCGGGGCGCUCAGCUUUGUGCUCCUGGCGACCGCCAUCGGCACGGACUUCUGGUACAUCAUUGACACCGAGCGGCUGGAGCGGGGCGGCCCGGGGGCGCGGGGCCGGGCGGGGGCCGCCAACCGCAGCGAGCUCGAACCUCUGAGCUCGCACUCUGGCCUCUGGCGCACCUGCCGGGUCCAGAGCCCGUGCGUGCCACUGAUGAACCCCUUCUGGCAGGAGAACGUGGCCGUCAGCGACUCAAGCCGACAACUUCUCACCAUGCAUGGGACAUUUGUGAUUCUGCUGCCGCUCAGCCUGAUCCUGAUGGUGUUUGGGGGGAUGACGGGGUUUCUGAGCUUCCUCCUCCAAGUCUCCAUCCUCCUCCUGCUCACAGGGACCCUCUUCCUCUUUGGAGCCUUGCUGACCCUGGCUGGAAUCAGUGUCUACAUCGUGUACUCGGCGGCCGCCUUCCGGGAGGCGCAGUGUCUCCUGGAGGAGAAGGCCCUCCUGGACCAGGUGGACAUCCGCUUUGGCUGGUCCCUGGCCCUGGGCUGGAUGAGCUUCAUCGCCGAGCUGCUCACCGGGGCGGCCUUUAUGGGGGCGGCCCGCGUGCUCAGCCUGAGACAGAGGCAGGACCGGGCCAUAUGAGCCCGAUGCCUGGUCUGGUGGGAGGCAGGGCCCUGGCCUCAAAGGCCACUGCUAUGUGCUGAGCUCCGGGCCUGGCUGUCAUGUCCGUGCCUGGUGUGGUGUGUCUGUGUGUUCGUGCACGUGUGUGUCCGUACGGGCUGGAGGAGGCCUCGGGAAUGCAGAACGCACCUCACCUGAAACCACAAAAUAGCCCCUUGAUUAUAACCAGAACUUUCCAGAUUGCAGCCCCUGUGGGCCUCCUCUGGCUUCAUUGCAGUGUUCACCCCCACUCAUUGCAUCAGCUCCCCUUCUUUGCUAAGGAAUAGA